UACAUAAAUCAAAAUUAAUAAUGUUGGCGCCAAUCAAGCAUUUAUUGAGCAACUACCGGAUAGUUUUGGCGAGCGGCUCUCCGAGGAGACAGGAACUGGUGAAAAUGCUGGGCCUGAACGCGGAGCUGUGUCCCUCGACUUUCGAGGAGAACCUGAAUCUGGAUGACUUCAAGGAAUUCUCGGAUUAUAUAGAGGCCACAGCUAUGGGAAAAGCGGAGGAAGUCUUCUCCAGAUUAAGUGCCUCAGGGGAUAAUAAGAAUCUUGUAGUUAUAGCUGCAGAUACGAUGGUGACUUUGGGAAAGGAGAUCUAUGGAAAGCCCAAGGAUGCUGCUGAUGCUAUUCGCAUGCUGACCAAUUUGUCUGGAACCUCCAAUCGAGUAUUUAGUGGCGUUGUUCUGAAACAUGCCAAUGGUAUUCGUAAAUUUACGGACACGGCGGAUGUUUACUUUGGUGAUUUGCUGCCAGAACAAAUUCAGAGCUAUGUGGACUCAAAGGAUCCAUUAGAUAAAGCAGGUGCCUAUGGCGUUCAGGCCCUGGUGGCGCCCUCAUCCACCGUAUCGAUGGUGACUUUUACUGCGUGAUGGGCCUGCCUCUUAAUCGACUGUGCUGUGAACUAAAUA